CCUUUAAUAUUUUACCAGAAACAAUAAAAACUAGUAUUAAAAGAAGAAAAAGUAAGUGGUUACUAAGACUGGCGAUGUACAAUGUUGACAUCUCGCACAACAAGACUCAUCCUAGUGCUUAUAGCAAUGUGUUCAAGUGUUUAUUGCAGUAAUCCUGGGCGAUUAUUGCAUCAUUUAAGUCUUGAUGGCAGGAUUUCAGAUGUAAUUUGCCCUUUGUUACAUAAUUACUUAAAACAAUACUGACAAAGAAACUACUAUGUUGACAGAACACAAAAACCUCCCUGAAGCUGUGGAAUAGUCCAUUGUUAUUUUUAUGUGCCAUGCCUUAGCUUAAAGGAUUUGUGAACAGCGUCUAAAUAUUGUAAUUGUGUAAAUAUAUGAUGCCAAAUAUAACUAAAAAAAUAAUUUACAAAAUAUAUAAAAAUUAUUUCACUAUUUAAAAGCAGUACAAUUCGUAAUUCUGACAUCGUUGGGAAAUAUGCAUAUUUUACCGGCAAAGAUCGGCAAUUUCCGUGAUGACGUCAGAGACGCUGUCCAACCGUGAACCGCUAUUCAAUAGCCUAUUGUUUGCCAUUACAAAAGCGUGCUUUCUUCGAACAAUACUGAGUUAAAUUACGGAAUUAUCCUUUAUAAUAUGGUUUAUUGUGUGGCAUGGGGAUGUCAAAACCAAUCAAGAAAGGGAUCAGGAAUCAGCUUUUUUAGAUUUCCGCCGGAAGGUGAUUCUAGAAGGAACAUUUGGAUCCAUCGGUGUCAGAGAGGUGAGAAGGGAUGGACACCAAAAUGUACAAGUCGGUUGUGUUCGGCACAUUUCGAAAAGGAUGCUUUCGCUCGGGACCCGGUUGAAAUGGCUAAGAUGGGAUACAGCAAUGCAAGAAUCUCGUUAAAAGGCACUGCUGUCCCGACUGUAUUUACCAACAGGGAGUUUGUUGAAAAUUCGGUAGAGAUGCCGAUUCGCCGCCCUAGGUCUGCUUUCCAGAAAAGACGCAAUGCCGAGGUACUGUCAGAAAUGGUUGCCGUGAACCUUCCUGUUGGUAUAACAGAGACCUCACAGACAGAUGGUGAAAGUUACACCGAACACGAAGAAGCCAGCUUUGAACCCCCUGUUUCGGUGUCACAGCCAGUUACAGCCACAAAAAAAACACAAACAAUGACUUUGAAACCGAAACAAAGAACUCGCAGGAUUCAGACAUGCAUUUUACCAACUUCUGUUAGUGUUGGAGUGCAAUGUGAACUGUUGGUAGCCCCUCCAAUUUUAUCAACCACUCAAGUUGAUGCUGCUACAUCAGAUGAAGAGGAAGAAGAAGAAGAGGAUAGUGAUGUAUUAUGUAAUGCAGAUUCUGACUAUGAACCAGAAAGUGAAAGUGAAGAUUCAGAAACUUGUGACAGUGAUACUGAGAUGGAUGACAAAGCCUGGGAACUGAUUCUGAUAUUGACUUAUGAUAACACUGAAAAAGACUUGGCCAUGGCAAUUGUGUCCUAG